CAAGGAUUUGUUCGGUCAGUACCCAAUUUUGACCAGACAUUGUCCGUUGACCGGCCGUUAUUUGCAGCCCUGGGAAAGUUUGGGGAGGUCGCUAGUGAAUGGUCCUCCGCAUUAUAUAGCAAAUGCUGUCUUAAAGUGCAAACCAAUAGCGAAGCUUGUCGUUGCAAAUGUGUUAAGUCAACUUUCGUGGGAAGUAAACAAACUUCCAUUGAUGAAGAAUCCGUCACUUUUUGCGUACCGUAUUUACCCGUGUAUAAGUCGACUCGAUGUAUAAGUCGACCCCCGAAAAUCCUGAGAAAUUGCCAAUUUUAUCGUAUAUCCUUUGUAUAAGUCGACCCUAAUUUUUUUGAAUUAUCAAGUAUCUUUUAGGAUGAAAUGUGAGCGAAAGUCAAGGCUGAGAGAGGAAAAAACAGCAAAGAUUCUUCACUUGUUAUCGAGCGUGCCGCCAUUUUUCCUCGGCCGGCUCAUCCCAAAUAAGGUCAUCUUCUGUACCAUCCAUUGCAUUAGAAAUAGCACAUUUCUUGAAUGAGUACUGCACCAUAUUGGCUGGUACGUCAUUCCACGAUUCGCUGACCCAUUCAGACAGUUUCGAGUGAUGCUGCUUUCGUGGCACCUCCCUUCGUGUACUCUUUGACUCCUUCGACCAUCCAGUCACACCACUUCUUACGUAUUCUGUCUUUAAACGGCUUGUUUAAGCAAACAUCUAAAGGCUGAACGAUGCUAGUCAGACCACCUGGUAUUACGGCAAUGUCAGUAUUGUUCAAACGUAGUUUUCGCUUUACGGAUUCCACAAGAUGUGCACUGAAUGAGUCCCACACCAGAAGACUUUUUGUUCUGGACAAACCACCAGGUCUUGCAUUCCACACUUUCUCUAUCCAUAGUUUGACCAUAGUUUUUAUACCCGGUGUAUAAGUCGAGGUCGAAUUUUUAGGGUGUAAAUUUGGUCAAAAAAGGUCGACUUAUACACGGGUAAAUACGGUAAGUCAAGUAAAGAAGACUUGAAAGACUUCAACUUAGAGUCAUUAUUGGAAAGAAUGGGAGGAAAAGGCAUCCACUUUUUACUCUUUUCUCAUGACGGUUGCUGUGAGCAGGAAAACAGAAAUAAGCUGGUUACCUAGUGUUGCUGUUGUGGGUUCGAUACUCUUGAAGCAAAGGAAUCGUCACCUUAGUGCUACAGCAAAUGCUAUUGGUAUUAUGCUGAAAACUGGAUCCUUUGAGGUACCAUAAAUAUUUAUAUGAUCUAUUAAAUAGCAGCUUGAAAGCCUAUACAUAUUUAAGCCUAAGUUAAUACAGGAAGGGAAAUAGAAAUAAAUUAUAAUUUAUAAUAUUCAUUCAGCAUUGUCACACCAAAAUAAUAGUGAUUAAUGUACAUUAAUUAAAAUAAUAGUGCAAACUGAAAAAAGAAGUCAUUACUUAUACUCUGUUUGAAGUAGGCUUAAAGCUCAUGAUUGUAAAUGAUUGCAAUAUGGAUUUAAACUUUGUUUUCUAUUCUCUGUAUUCAGGCAAACCUUAAUCAUCUAUGCAGAAUGAAAGUGACCUGCUGUAAUGAAACCACUUUAAACAAGAUGACAUUGCUUGGGGAGGGUUAUGACAGUACACUCUUGAGUGCCAAGAAGCAAAUAACUGCUGAAAACCAAAAAAGGGAAGACCUUGAGUCAAAGAUUGGGAAGAUAUGAAGAACUUGAUAAUGAUAAUAAAUUAAGUUUUCACUUUCCACCUUAGUUUGUAAUUUUUUUUUGAAGAGGGGAAACGUAGGUAAUUUUCAAAUUUAGGGGAAAUUACUGGGUUCCAGGACUCAUUAAACAAUGGAAUACUCAUGCCAGCUGACCAGCAGUAGCUUUCAAGACUUUAGAUGUGAUGUUAUCCGUGCUCAUGAUUGAUGCUAUAUACUUGGUCAUACCAGGAUCCAGCAGUGGUUACAAGCUUGCAUACUAUCAUGUUUGGAUCAUGGAUAUACCCGUCUUCACCAAUUCAUCCGUGUGGUUUGCCCUACCCUUUGCUGGAAGGAAAAGUCUUGCAGUCCUCCAAGAUCCACCAGCAGGCACAAGAUUGACAUCAAAGCUGACCAAUGCGACUGAACUAAGGGGCGAAAGUUUGCUCUUAAAUUGCAGUACAGAUGCCAAUCUUACUGCUCAUGUUUAUUUCCUAUACUUUAAUGGUACUAGUUCUGGUAACAGCAGCUCUGGUUUCUUUAAUAUCACUGUUGAAGAAGAUGGUGUGUACAGUUGUGUCCCUUUAAACGAGGUUGGCAUAGGUGACAGUGAUGCUCUUAACGUCUCUGUUGUUUUUGCUCCUGGUAUUGACCAUGCUCCACCAGCUUAUCAAGUUUUGGAACAAAGAGGAGUUACUCUGUUUUGUAAUGCCACUGGAAGCCCACAGCCUAGCAUUACUUGGACUAAACGAGGAAAUGCUAGUGAAUUGUCUACAUCAGAGACUCUUAACCUAACAAAGCUUAAAAGAGAAGACGAUGGAUCUGUUUAUAAAUGUACCGCCACAAAUUCUGUGGGAUCAGCACAAGCUCUAGUCAGAAUCACUGUCCUCUUUGCUCCUGAUAUUGACCAUGCUCCAUCAGCUUAUCAAGUUGUAGAAGGAAAUGAGCUGAUUCUUUUCUGUAAUGCCACUGGAAACCCUAAACCCAACAUAACGUGGACCAAACAGGGAAACAGCAAAAUGCUGUCCCCUUCAGAGACUCUAAACCGAGAAAUCGUGACGAGAGAAGACGAUGAAUCUGUUUACAUAUGUUUAGCAAGAAAUUCUAUGGGAUCAGUACAAACUACAGCCAACGUCACAGUACUCUAACCCCCAUCUAACAAUCCACGAAUUAGUGGUGACAGCAUUGAAGGACAGCAAUAUUACAUUGACUUGCAGUGUGUCUGGUAACCCUAAGCCUAUCAUAACAUGGAAAGAAACGGGUAGAUAUGAGGUGCUUUCAAAUACUUCCUCAUACCACCUUGUCAAUGUAAGGAAACCUGGGACAACGGACAACAUGAUCCAGUAUCAAUGUACAGCCAGUAAUGAAGUGGGGACACCUGCUACAGCUACAGUUAAUGUCACUGUUCACUGUAAGUCAGCACACCUACGCCUGAAAACUUAUUUUACCGCAGUAAGACAUAAAUCGUAACCAGUUCUCUUAAGUUUUACAUUUAUUUAAUUAUUUGGAAAAAAUAAUCUCUGCAUCUGAUAUAGUAAGUAGAUGCAAAUAGCUAUGUACAGACUGUACAUUCUAGUCAGGUUUUUCCCCUUUCAUUAAACAGCCCAUCUAAAGCAAAGUAUUUACUUAUUGUUUAUUCUGACUUCUAUUCGUCUUUAUUCUGAUAGGGAUUCGCUAUAAAGCUGUAAAGAAGGAUUGUAAAGUGCGUUUUAGUUGUUGAAGCGCUUACUGCAUACCGUUAGGGCAAACUCCUUAAUGUGAAUCAUUGCAGAAACCAAGUCGAUUAAAUAGAGGAAUGGCUGCAAGAGCAUUUGUCAUUUGAAAGCUUACACACACAUUGCAGUCAAAUGAUACAUUGAAUUGUACUAAAAGAAAUCAUGUCAUCACAAAACUGCCUGUGGUUGUCUUUCAGUGGUCUUUUGUUUCUUUAAGUUAUAGUAAUAUAUGUUUAAAAUGUGUAAUGGUACCUUGAUUUCAUGUUAAGAUUAUACUGAUAGUUUUCUGUUCCAUUUUUUGAACAGUGACUGUAAAAUUAUAAGUAUUGUCAAAUGUAGUUGCAUGUAUAUCCUCUUGUCAACUAUUUGUAUCAAAGUUGUUAAUGUACCCUUAAAAUUACUUGUUAUUCAUGUUACAAGCUGUGCUUAGCAAGUAUUUCAAUGGCUUGAAAGGCUGUGAGAUUUAUGCCGAACAUAAAUAAUAGAUAUUCCUCACCAUUACAGUUUAAGAAUUAGUUUUGGUUUUCGAAUUACCUGGACUGUUUGAUUUUAAUUUUAUAAAGUUGGAGUAGUAUGGUACAAACGGAGUUGCUGUCCUAAGCCCAGCAACUUUCCUAGGUUCACGACUCUUUUUGAUUUGUUCUUUUUUUGGAGUUUCACUAAAAAUAUUGAAGAGCUGCUUCAUACCUUUAUGCCACAACAUAAAGAUGAGAAGCUACAAGUAACCAGUUAGUUCAUGAUAUUAGAUAUUGUCCAUUCGCUUAUCCCUGUGCUUGAGGCGUUGGAAAUGGUGUGCAGAAUUUUUUUUUUUACACAGAGAUUAUGUAAUAAAAUUCUACUGGACUACCGCGUUAUCUUUUUGAGCAAUUUUAAGCUACUAUGUAUAUUAAAAUGGAGCCAUUCAACUGCUUUCUAUUCAAUAUUAACAACCAAAGGAUAAUUUUUUAAACUGAAAAUCUAGGUCUGGUCAAAUUCGAAGAUUUCAUGAUUUUCGAAUUAUGUCCGUCUGUCCGUUCGCCGUCAGUCAGUCGUCUGACAGGAUUGGUGAGUCGUGCAACAUUUCAUUAUGACUACAGUGUUACUUUUCGUCAAGAAAUCUUUCCGCCUAUAAGGAUCCAAAGCUGGAAAACUUAUUCAGGAAACUAAAAGGUAAUCGCUUACUCUUCAUUUUAUGAAGAAGUUUUGAGAAUUUACUUAACAUAGCGGGUGAAAUGCGUCUACCGAUGGUGCAAUACAUCUAUCGAGUUAAAGUAAGACCUCAAAUAUCAAAGGGUAAAAGAGCACUCAUGUUUUUCUCCAGGAUUAGAAUCAACGCCCACCAGAUCAGGCCCAGAGGCUCGCAAUUUCCCUGAUAUCAAAUCGGCAAAACUUACUCUCCUGUUACUUUAAACUAUUGAACCCACACUACUCGUCUAUACAUAAGAUAUAUGUGAACUGUCUCUUGAGGCGAUCAUCGUCACGGGACUGAAAGUUCUCUUUGAGUUAGAGCUAGGAAUUUGUCCAGCAAGCUACUUGGUAGCAAACGUUUAAUUAUGGAAAACUCGCAUGGUGUCGAGCAAGGGAUCAUCUUACUAAUAAAUACCAAUAAAAUUUGUAUCUGAUGGAGGGGAUCUUUCUGAUUCCUAGGACCUUAUCAUCAGUUACCAAUGCUAAUCCUAGAAUGUUGCUUCGAAUCGAAGAGCCGCACAGUAAGAUCAAUUCUAUUGGAUAUUACCAACCUCGCGCCGAUGUAUUGCAGAAUAGAGUGAGCAGAUUUACGCGAUCCGUUGGGACAUUUAGAGACAUCAAUAAGAAAAGGGAAAGGCCUUGUUCGUUUGAAAAUAUUUU